AUGCCUCGACCGAACAACGAACAUCUCGCCAAAGAUCCACCAACUCCACCGGCUUUACCGACACUACCACCACCGCCACCGAAUCCGCCUGCUUUGCCCGAGCAACAGAAACGGAAUCGCGAUGACCGAGCUCCGGAGAAUCAUGCUCCUAAGGCGCGAAAACGUGUCAACAUGAUAAUGGGGGCCAUCGAAGCUUGCAGUUAUUCCGUUCGAGCCAUCAAGGAAUACAGCACACAAGCCGCUAGCACACCGAAAACCCCGCAGGAUCCGCCGAAGGGAACGCCCUUGGUCUUUACCGAGGCUGACACGAUCGGAAUUCACAAGCCGCAUAAUGACGCUCUCGUUGUCGAUCUACUCCUCAACGACGUCGAAGUUAGCCGCAUUCUGAUCGAUACUGGCAGUUCGGUCAACGUUAUCUUCAAGGAAGCACUUGACCAGCUCGAGUUGGCGUCAGAUAGGAUUGAUCCGUUCAUCGAGCCACUUACCGGAUUUGAUGGAGAACGUUGUAUGACGACCGGCACUGUCAAAAUCCCAAUCUACGUCGGCGGAAUCGCAAAGAUGAUCCAGUUCCUUAUCCUCGACAAACCGGCGAUCUACAACGCUAUUCUCGGUACGCCAUGGCUGCACGCAAUGAAAGCGGUCGCUUCGACGUACCAUCAAUGCUUGAAGUUCCCGACCCCCGACGGUGUGUACACACUCCGAGGAGACCAUGCCGUUGCUCGAUCGUGCUACAUAAACGAGUGUAGACUCCACUCGGCCAACCAAGCUUGCGUUAUUAGUUCGUUCGGACCAACUGACAAGCUCAUCGUCCAAAAGACAAAGCCUAAGCAAGAAUCAAUCGUUCAAGUUAGCAUUGACAAACUCAGGCCAGAGCGUCAAGUUGGAAUUGGCGCCGAGCUCGACCCAGUCAUCCGUGAACCACUCAUUCGUUUCCUGAAACAGCAUACCUCAACCUUCGCUUGGUCGGUAGAAGACAUGCCCGGGAUUGACCCGCAUAUCGCGUGCCACGAGCUCAAUAUCGAUCCGACGUACAAGCCUAUCAAACAGAAAUGCCGAAAACUUGGGCCAGAGAAAGCGCAAGCCGUGAAUGACGAGGUCGAGCGCUUACUCAAAGCUGGAUCUAUCACCGAAGUUAAGUAUCCAGAUUGGUUGGCAAACCCUGUGGUCGUGAAAAAGAAGAAUGGUAAAUGGAGAAUUUGCGUCGACUUCACCGACCUCAAUAAAGCGUGUCCGAAAGAUAGCUUUCCGUUACCUCAUAUCGAUCGCCUUGUGGAAGCAACUGCCGGAAACGAACUACUCUCAUUCAUGGAUGCGUUCUCCGGAUACAAUCAGAUUCUCAUGCAUCCGCAGGACCGAGAGAAGACAUCCUUCAUCACAGACCGUGGCAUCUAUUGCUACAAGGUCAUGCCAUUCGGCCUGAAGAAUGCUGGAGCAACGUACCAACGACUGGUAAACCGGAUGUUCGCGAGCCAGCUCGGACGAACUAUGGAAGUCUACAUCGAUGAUAUGCUCGUAAAGUCACUCAUCGCUUCCGAGCACGUCGGCCAUCUUCGCACAUGCUUUGAUAUCUUGAAUCAAUAUGAAUUCCUCGGAUAUAUCGUCACACGGCGAGGCAUUGAAGCUAAUCCGAAGCAGAUCGCCGCUAUUCUUGAGCUCCCCUCGCCGACAACCAAACGCAAAGUUCAGCGACUUACCGGACGUAUUGCGGCGCUUAACAGAUUCAUAUCUAGAUCAACGGACAAGUGCUUGCCCUUUUACCAACUUCUCCGCGGUAACAAGCACCUCGAAUGGAACGAGAAGUGUGAAGAAGCCUUCGCCAAGCUAAAGGAAUAUCUGUCCACUCCGCCAGUUCUGUCCAAACCAGAAACCGCCGAGACACUUUAUCUUUACAUCGCGAUUUCGGAGUUCGCAGUUAGCAGCGUUCUUGUUCGAGAAGACCGCGGAGAACAAAAACCGAUUUUCUACACGAGCAAGUCCCUCGACAGAUCGGAGUAUCGUUAUCCGACUUUGGAGAAGUUCGCCUUCGCCGUGGUUAUUUCUGCACGGAAACUACGCCCGUACUUCCAGUCUCACGCAAUCGUGGUCUUGACCGAUCACCCUCUUCGCACUUUCCUUCACAGCCCAAGUCAGUCCGGACGACUCGCUAAGUGGGUUAUUGAACUUAGUGAAUAUGACAUCGAAUACCGGAACAGAACGGCAACGAAGUCUCGGGUCCUGGCCGAUUUCUUGGUCGAACUCCCACCGGAGCUUGUCGAAGAUAAUCCGGUCGUACAACCUUGGAUUCUUCACGCCGAUGGUUCAUCAUCCCAUAAAGGAUCCGGAGUUGGAAUACGUCUCAAGUCACCCGAAGGAGAAGUAAUCGAGCAGUCAUUUCGGCUCGGCUUCCCAGCAUCCAACAACGACGCCGAGUACGAAGCAUUGAUUGCCGGACUACGACUCGCUAAAGGUAUCGGCGCCGAGCACGUACACUCCUAUUGUGAUUCUCAACUCGUAGCCAACCAGUUUCACGGCGAAUACGAGGCCAAGAACAACCGCAUGGACGCAUAUCUCAAAGUUCUUAAGGAUAUUGCUUCAGAGUUCUCCACCUUCGAGCUUACAAAGAUACCCCGAGACGAGAAUGCAACCGCCGACGCCUUAGCCGCACUCGCGACUAAUUCCGAUCCUGAUCUUCGGCGAACUAUCCCGAUUGCAGCAAUCGAGCGACCAAGUAUCGAGCACGAUCCGAACUGCAAUAUCAUUACAAGACGGCGUGACUACGAAGCCCAGCCAAACCGUGCUCCACCCCUCACCCGAAAGACGAAACCUAAAGAGGUCAACCCCGAUCGCGACAACGAUACGGACGAGCUUAACGAUAACGAGCCUGAAUCCGAGGACGAGUCCGAAGGCCAGCACGUCCCCAUUAAUAUUGAAGCCCAAGGAGAAGACGAACCCGAGGAUUGGUCCUUAGAAAUCGUGGGAUACAUCGGAGAUGGAACCGUUCCCGCAGAUAAAUGGGCAGCUCGGCGCCUUAAGGCUCGCGCAGCCCGGUAUGUGGUCAUUAAAGGUACUCUUCUCAGACGGGACGCUUCUGGUGUACUUUUGACUUGUGUUCACGGCAACGACAUCGCGGAAGUAAUGCAAAAGAUUCACGAAGGAGAAGGAGGAAAUCAUUCCGGAGCUCGGUCCUUGGCAUUUAAGAUCAAGAAAGCCGGCUAUUACUGGCCUACUAUGCUCUCUGAUUGCGAGAAGUACAUGGCACGUUGCGAGAAGUGCCAACGUCAUGGUCCGAUGAUAAAUCUUCCUACCGAGCUCCUGAUGACCUCGACCGCACCAUAUCCUUUCAUGCGCUGGGCAAUGGACAUCAUCGGUCCUUUUCGCCGAUCUACGACCCAGAAGCAGUACGUCCUCGUCGUCACAGAUUACUUCACUAAAUGGGUUGAAGCCGAAGCAUACCCCGAGAUCCAUGGAAUCGACGUCAAGAAGUUCUGGAAAAUCCGACUAAGUUUCUCUAUCCCGCGUUAUCCGCAAGGCAACGGACAAGCCGAAGCCACGAACAAGACCAUCAUUGACGGACUGAAGAAACGACUCGAUAUCGCUAAGGGAACGUGGGCAGACGAACUCGACGGCGUCCUGUGGUCUCACCGAACGACACCGCGACGUUCAACCGGUCAGUCACCUUUCUUCCUUGUGUAUGGCGCAGAAGCUAUGUGUCCAGCCGAACUUAACGUCCCAAGCAUUCGCCGAACUAUGCUUACCCAGCAACCCGAGGCGAACGACAAUAUGAUGAUCGACGCACUUGACUUAGUCGAAGAACAUCGCGAACGAGCACUACUCCGGAUACAGAAUUACCAACAACUUGCAGCUCGUUACUACAAUAAAAAAGUUAAGGGCCGUCACUUCGAAGACGGCGACCUCGUACUUCGUAAAGUCUAUCAAAACACCGAAGAGAAGAACGCAGGAAAACUUGGCGCGAACUGGGAAGGACCAUAUCAGAUUAUGAAGGUCGUUAAGCCCGACGUUUAUCAACUCAUGAAGUUAGACGGAACUCCGAUCCCGCGAUCUUGGAACUCGAUGCAUCUCAAACGAUACUACUACUAG